UCCUGUGGGCGGAGAGCGGAUUCCGGUUCCGGGUGUUUUCUGGUCCCACUCGGAGGCGUUCAGACCUCCGAUUAUGAGAUUUUAUCAGAAACUUCUCCCGAAACACGACUGAUCAGAGCCGACUUCAUUCAAUCGAGACAGUCCGAAGCCAGCCGCCGCCAUGACGACCCGCUCGGAGAGGGAGAAGGCCCAGAAGCUGAACGAGCAGCACCAGGCCAUCCUGUCCAAAAUGCUGAGGGAGGAAGACAACAAGUACUGCGCCGACUGCGAGGCGAAAGGUCCCAGAUGGGCUUCCUGGAAUCUGGGAGUGUUUAUCUGCAUCCGAUGUGCUGGGAUUCACAGGAACCUGGGAGUACACAUAUCCAGAGUCAAAUCCGUCAACCUGGACCAGUGGACCUCAGAACAAAUCCAGAGUAUACAGGAUAUGGGAAACACCAGGGCCCGGCAGCUUUAUGAGGCCAACCUUCCAGACAGCUUCAGAAGACCUCAAACAGACCAAGCAGUGGAAUUCUUCAUCAGGGAUAAAUACGAGAAGAAGAAAUACUACAACAAGAAUGUGACCAACGGGAGCAGUCCCAAAGAUAGUAAGAAAGAGCGGGAGGCAGACAGAGGGAGCAAGGUGUCUUCUUACACCAAGAGUGAAGAGUCGAAGCCCGUUCCCAAAAUCAGCCCAGUGAAGACUUCAGAACCUUCUGUGAACCUACUAGGCCUUGACGCACCAGCAGCUGCAUCAGCGAACAAUGGUAGCACGAGCACAAGCCAGAACAACGACCUGGAUAUCUUCGGCCCCAUGGUCUCCAACCCCCUCCCCGCAUCCUCGUCCGCAGCGCCCUUCUCUCAGGUGAGCUCCAGUAACUCGGCCAGCACCCCGACACAAGCAGCGGCGGCGGCACCCGCUGCAGCAGCAGCAGCAGCCAGCUCGGGGUCGGCGCAGGGAGACCUGGACUUGUUCAGCGACAGCAGUAGCACCGCCAAAAGCGACGACACGGCCAAGAAGCCGCUGUCCAAGGACUCCAUUCUGUCCCUGUAUGGGACCAACAGCAUGUCCCAGCAGGCCCCCGCCGCGGGCAUGUUCAUGGGUCCGUCUCAGAUGCAGUUCCCCGUCCAGGCCGCCGCCGGCUACCAGGCCUUCCCCGGCAUGGGCGGGGCCAUGCCCCCAACCACCGUCAUGGGCGCCAUGAUGGCUCAGAGCGGGGCCGCCAUGAUGGGGCCCAGCCCGGGGAUGAUGGUCGGCAUGACGAUGCCCAACGGCUUCAUGGGGAACGCGCCGGCCGCCGGCAUGAUGGGCAUGGCCCCGAGGAUGAUGGGGCCGCAGGGCGGGGCCAUGCCCGCCGGCAUGGUGCCCGCUCAGGGCAUGUACGCCCUCCAGCCCGGGCAGCAGGCGCAGUGGAACAUGGGGCAGGUGAACCAGCAGAUGUCGGGCUUGGCCCUGAACGGGGCGGGGGGGCAGAUGGCCUUCGGUCAGCCCCCCUCGGCGAUGGGCGGGUGGGCCGCCGCCGCCGGAUCCGGUCAGACUUUGAGCACACAGCUGUGGAAGUGAGCCUCGGCGGCGGCCGGCAGGAAGUGCUCUCCUGCGCCUCACGACGAACUGAAGCCCACUUCCUCUCUGGCCACAUGGAACGUGUAUCUCUCUUCUUCUUUUUUUUUUUUUUUUUCUCCUUCUCCCCUAUCUGUCUCUCUUUCUCUCUAUUGUGUGAGUGAAUUGGGAGUUUACGCAGGAUUACAGCCUGGCAGUUUCUGCCUGUCGUUGAGGUUUUUUGGAUCAUAACUUUUUAUUUUCCUUUUUUGGAAAAAAAAAAAAAAAAAAUGACAUGUGGAAAAAAAAAAAGAACGCAGUCCGAACAUCGACA